GGCUGGCCCGUACGGGGAUCGAACCCGCGACCUUGGCGUUAUUAGCACCACGCUCUAACCAACUGAGCUAACCGGCCAUGCUUCCACUUCAUUUUUAACAAUUUUUUAAAAUUACAGUAGCAGUUUGGGGACCAAGAGAUGGUCUCUGCCUAUAAAUAAAUGCUUCGUUGAAGGUGUUUGAUUCACUUUAAUUACUAAAGCUUUGACUCGCUCUCUUUAAAUUCAAAGAGAAAAUUCAUUAGACUGUUUCAGCAGUGAGGUCUACGCACAACAGCAAAUAUCCAUCCUCAAUGGGGAAUGACGACAUCUUUUUUUCCGUGAAGUAGCAUCAGCAAGGUCCGUUACCAUAGUUACCCUAGAGAGAGGGCGAGACUGGUCACGUGACUCGGCAAGAUGGCGACUACAAUGUAGAAUGGAUGUGAAUGUAAGUAUUAUUAGCUAAGCGUUAGAUAGAAAAACCUCUGUGAAAUUUCGCGUUUGUGUGAGCAGUCGUGGGUUUUCUUUCAUCUUAUUUCACAGCUUGUGUUUUCUCGCUAAUGUAAAUUAAAAAAACAUCUCUUUGCUCCGUUUUUUUCCGCCGUCCAGCCUUCUAAGUAAAGUAACCAAACCCGCUAACGUUAGCUGUCUAAUAAUUGAGCCAAAUUAUUUAUUGUUUCUCGUUAUUCAGCCGUUUGUUCUCCAACUAGAGAUGUUUUUCCACUUUUAUACAUUCAACUAAGUCCCUUUUGUCUGUUUUCCUCCAGGGUUUGAACUAAGCGGGUCCGCUUUUAUUCAGGAAAUCUGGAUCUGCUUGUUAAUUGUUCAUCAUAUCAGAGAAUCAAGAUGGCCCUAAAUGUCUUUGGUAAGCCGCAUCACGCCUCAUAUACUCGCCUUUGUGCCCAUUUUCCACCGCACUUGUUUCAUCAUAUGGGUUUGUUGGCCUUGUUGUGGUUGUUAAAGUCGUGCUUGCUCAUCUUACCAAGUGCGUAGUCAUAGUAUUGCUAAAAUCGUGUUUAUCUUGAUGCAUUUCGAUAAAUCAAGGUGAUUGGACUUGAAAUAACAUGCAUUUAGUCAAAGCAAACGGCACUUUUUUUGCGUGAGAGCUUUUCCAAAGCGCUUAAAAUAUAUAUAUUUUUUCCUUUUUGUGCUUCUGUUUCCUCCUCUUAAUUUUUUUGGACUAAUUUAUACUUUUUUCCACUUAAACCACUUUUUAAUAAAAUGAACAAGGCACACCCUAACACUUUGAAAUGCCUUUGCUGUAAUAGAUCCUUAAUAUUUAUCUACUUAAUGCAAAUGAGGUUGUUGAGAAUUAACAAUAAAUAGUUUUCUUUUUUCUUUCUUAAAUUUGCAAUGCCACGCCCUAAAGGUUGCAGCUCUGUGUAAAAUGUUGAUUGAAAACAGAAUUUGAUGUUUUGCAAAUGAUUUAGAGCUCAUUUUUCAUCGUAACAAAAGUGCAAAGGCAACACAUCGGAUGUAUAAACUUAAAAAAACAAGUGUGACUCUGUCGUGGAAGUCACCAUAUGUGCUUAAAAUCACUUUAUAUGUGAGCAGAGUUUGCAGCUUUUCCACAAAUACAUGUUAAAACUGUUCAGUGCAAAGAGGAAACCGCACAUAAACACGAUCUAGAAAUGCUGAGGACUUUGCUGUACCUGAGCACUGUGAAGAAAGACUGCUUCAAAGUGGAAAACUGACCUAUGGUCUGACCAAUCAGAAGUUGACAUUCUUUUUGGAAAUCAUGGAUGCUGCUUUCUCCACUCUAAAAAAGGGGAAUGGCCACCUGGCUGGUUAUCAGCACACCGUUCAAAAGCCAGCAGCCCUGAUUGUAUUGUAGUUUUAAAAGCUGCAACAUUUUGGCUGCAGCGUUCCCAACUUUAAGAAGCUGUUUACAUACAGUUGUGUUGCAGUGAAGUGAGUAAACUGGUUAGCAACCGUAAACUAGAAGUGUUUGACAUGUUUAAGAGGUAAAAAAAACCAUUUAAAACUCCAAAGUAGUAGCUGAAACUAAAAUAUGAAGCCUGAAAUUAUGCCCUUCUUCAGUGAGAGUGUUUGGCUUUGUUUCAGCAUUGUAAAUCAGCAGUGGAUGUGUUAUGUCUACUUUCCCUGGAGUGUGUCUAUCUCUUAGGCAGCGUUGCCUUGAGAAAAAGGGUGAGACACUCACCCCUGGGGGGAGGAUCUGGAGUUAUUUUGAAGACAGGAUACCGGGACGACAAGUGUUGAAGAGAUAAGACUUGAGGAGUGAACAGAGCGUGCGAGGAGACAGGAGACAGGAAACAGGCUGUUAGUUUUACUCAUGCAGAGAGGAUGGUGGACUGCAUUUGGCAGAAUUUGGAAGAAGGGUUCAAACUUAUUUUUAUGAUCAGAUUAGUCUUAUUUCCUGCUUAUAUUCAAGUGAAGUACGAUGGUGCGUGCAUAUUCUAUUGCUUUAUAAGUGCACCACUGCUGAAAAUGUGCACAGAUGCUUUUUACUGCAAACAGAAGGUGUCUGAUGGGUUACACAGUCUGUGAUAAUGUUGUGUAUCUGCAGCAGAGUUCAGCCAAACUCCAUGUUAGAGCCUGAGGCUGUUAAUUAUUCUCUAAUGUUUCCUGCAGCCACACUAACUUUAAUAUUCAUGUCCGUGUUCCUCAUUAUCUGCAACUUGGAAACACUCCUAUUUGGCUGAUACCAUCUACAAUUCAUUUAAAGCGUGCAAGCCUCAGGGGUGUGACAAGUAGAGCUUGUUGAGUGUUGGAAAGAUAAAACAACGCAGUGGAGAGCUCAUUUGCAUGAAACUGCACUUCUGCAAAUAAUACUGAUGAAGGUUUUUAUGCUUCAGGAAGAGGAUGUGUUUAUGAAUUUGCUUUUGCAAACAUUUAGAUGGUUAAACUCUGAUCUAAAUGCUGCAUAAAAAUACAAGAAAUAAAGUCACAUUUGACAAAAGCGCCCUUUAAUGUUGAAUCAGCAUAAAAGCGGUGUAUUCCCCUUGAGCAGUCUCAGUUUUCAGCAAGUAAAAUAAUGUGAUUUCUACCAAAUCUGUUCACAUCCAUGAAACCAGCAUUCACAAACAGAUGCUCUGUCCUGUUUUGCUGAUUUAAAAUCAAAAAGAAAGUAAAACAUAAAGUAAGGAUCAUGUUUUUAUUUACUAUUUCAUGGUUCCUGUGAAAUUGAGACAUGAAGAAUUGAUCAGUUUUGUCCACUUGGGGGCAACAUAGCUUAGCAAAUAAUGUCUGUUCCUCUGUCUCCCCUCAGAUCAUGAUGAAUACAGACCACCAGUGUGGAAAUCUUACCGUGAGUACAUGAUGAAAACCGAUUUCUUUUCAGGUUUAACAUGAUAAGCAACAUCUGAACUUUUUCUUCAUGCUAAUGGUUUUAUGUAUGUGUGUGUGUGUGUGUGUGUGUGUGUGUUCUCCCACAGUGUACCAGCUCCAGCAGGAGGCGCCGCAUCCUCGCAGACUCACCUGCACAUGUGAGGUAAGACAAACCCAGCUUCUGUUGUUCUUGAGAAGUCCUCUUUUUGCAGUGAAAGCUGCUGAGAGGAUUUUAGCUGGUUAUAGAUUCGAUAACACGGAAUGAUUUCUUCAAUUUGAAGCCUGUGAUGAAAUCAACUCCUUCAUUUUUUUAAAGACAAAGUGUAAAAAUACUUAACUCCAAGUGAAAUCUAGCCUUUAUUGAGUAAUUAUUAUCACUUAAAUUAAGCCAAAGCUCCCUAAGUGAAGAUUUGAGAUAUGACAACGUUCAAAUAAAAAAACUUGAGGAUAAACCCUCAAGCGAGUUCAAAACCUCUGUGUGCUUUUUGGGUGUUUGUGUACGGGUGUUUGCGUGUGUGUUUUCAUCUCCUCAGAGACUCUAUUCGCUGAUUUAGCUCAUAGCAGGCGCCUGAUUGUUUUGCAACCGCUCAACGAUCCAUUGUCUUCAGGGAGAACAUCUGUUAAUGCGAUCUGAAAAUGUUGGAACACCGCGCUAUUUUUGGUCCAAGUAUCACCUAGAUCUUUAGAGGAGAGUUGACAUAAAACAUGAGCGUUAAAAUCUUUUAUUUUAAAGGAGCAUCACUCCUUAUAUACUUAUAAAUAGAUAAAGAGGAGCUGGAAUGAUGCUUGCAGGGGGUCUGCAAAUUUGGGGGAAUCCAACAGGGAUUAAAGAUCAGAGAUUUGGUGUCUGGUGUGUGUGUUAAUCUGUUAAAGGCAUUGCUCCUGCAGCGAGCUGGAUGGAUGUGAGAUGUGAAAUGAGCAGCUGCCGGCUCUCCUGCCCCGGCCUGGUCAGGUAGCUGGUGCUGCUGACCCAGUUAAAACCAGCAGACUGGGAGACAGAUGUGGUCCAAGACCUCUUUGCCCCUCCUUCCUCCCUCCGUGGUGUCUGCUGGGAGUUGAGACAUAUGUGAUUUAAUGAUGCACCAAUGAACACUUAUCUACAGAUGGUACUUUUUAAUUUAUGGCAAAAACGAGCCUUAAGGGUCCAUAAUUGUUUACAAUAAAGUGACUCUUAGAUGCACUAGGUAGAUCUUUAGCUGCAAAUAUCAUGAAGUAGGCAUCCGUUCAUGUAAAUUAAAUGUGUUCACACUCUCGGUCCUCUAAAGCACAAGCUCAGAACAAAUUAAUUUGACAGGUUUAGAUUUGUUUAAAAACCAGCAGUAGGUGUAUUUACGUCUUUGCUCAAGCGUUGCAUGCAUGCGAAGUGUCGACUUUGCACCCUGUACUCGUUUGUUUCAUCACUUCAUUCAAAACACGAGAGACGUCCUCCUGAUCCUCACAGCUUACCCCCCUCAGCUCAGCUCAGCACUUCGCCGUGUGUAGUCAAGGAUGUGUUUGGAGUAUUAGUUCUGGGUUUUAGUCUGUCUGCUCCAUGCUUGAUUACAGACGGGCCCCAGAGCAGUUUUGGUUCUCUGUCAGACAAACCUAUCGCUCUGAGUUUUACCUGCUUGUUCCUCAGUGUUUCACCAGCACUGGUUUGAGAUCAGACUACGUUCUCCUUCCUGUGUCUGACCUACGCUCUCGGUUUAAUAUUCAGCCUGGUUUGCUGGUUGAUUUAUUGGCUCCACAGCAGUUUUUGUUGAGAACAAGAGAUCUGACUCGAGCAAUAUUUCCUGCGCCCACACACUCAUGAACGAGUACACACAUAUGCACACAUACUGGUUACCCAUUCAAGUCUUGAAUCUAAUCAAACUCCAAUUGAAAUACAAAAUUCACCUCAUUCUGUAAUCUGAACAAUACUCUUCUGCCCUAUUUGAUCUAAUCCUGUUUCACAGACUGCAUAUUCUUCUCCUCCCUGCAGGUGAACAAUCGACCUAAAUACUAUGGAAGAGAGUAAGUAGGACUUGUGUUUUUUGGUGAUUUAUCUAGGGCACAUUACCUUAAUUCAGCUCCAUCAACCUCAAGCUCCUGCUGUUUUCAGCUGUUAAUCUAUGGCCGGGUUUCUCAUGUAGCGUCUGCUUUUAUACGUUAUAAUCGCUUGUGUCUUUUUGUAGUUGAAGUGACUUUAACUUUGUGUUUCCCUGUCAGAUUUCACGGGAUGAUUUCCAGAGAAGAGGCCGACCAGUUGUUGAGUCAGGCCGAAGGCAGCUACCUCAUCAGGGAGAGUCAGAGACAGCCGGGCACGUAUACGCUGGCAUUAAGGUAUGUUAAACCCUAAAUUUAAUUGAAAAUAGUGCGAAGAAAACAAAGAAAUGUAUUGUUUUAUGAAAAGUUUAUGCUCAUUUUAAACCUGAUGCCAGCGAUACGAUUCAAAAAACUUGGAACAAGGACAAAAAAAAACAAAAAACACCCACAGGAACAUCUGCCAACAAAUAAGCAGGUUUGCAACAGGUGAGUAACCCCUCUGAGCAUUUCUUGGUCUAAAAGAGGUCUAUCAGUCGUCUAAAUGUAGUCUAGACGGCUGGUCUAAAACCAGGCUACCACAGGUCUGAAAAUGAAAGUUUUUUUAGACGUCUAAAUGUAGACCAAGUUUGGACCUAGUCUCAAUCUUGGCUAUAUCUUUACUACACUGUAUUUUGCUCAACGACUAUCAUUAUUAUUUUGGUUAAGUACUUGGAGAUCAGUUAUGCAACUCACAGUUGCUUUUUGAGAUAAAUAGUUAUCGAAUAAUGGGUUAAAGUGCAACCGUCUAAAUUCCGUCUAAAAAUAUACAGAAUAUAGAGGGUUGAAAUUUGGUCUAAAAAAAACUAGACAUCUAAUAGCCGUCUAUAGCUCAGUGGGACAAGACCAGGUUUAAAAAGGCGGAUAGUCACAGAGGUUUAAAUAGUAAAGAUGGGAAGAAGUUCACAACUCUGUGAGUGACUGCGUGAGCAAACUGAUCCAAUCACUGAACGCUACAUAACAUCCUUAAAAGACUCAAAGAAUUGGGAGAAAUCUCAGCAGCAAAGACACAAGGCUGGAAAAUGACACCUGAUGGCUGUGAAUGAAAACUAGACGUGACUCUGCAGUGGAAGUCACCACAUGUGCUCAAACCACAAGACACUUUCAUCAUCAUUAUGGUUGUAUUUAGUGUUUAAGGUAGUCUAAGGCAAAAGAAAGCGCUGUCUGUGAAUCCCCUGACACGCUGUAAUCAUGCGACCUUCCUCUACGCCGGCACACUUUUGUGUGACGAGGCAAGAAAAAGAGAAGCCGUGUGAAUGUUAAUCCUUCCAGAUCGCGCGCGCUCAGACCCCCAGGUGCCCUCAGGUGUGAGGGUUUAAAGGCAGAAGUCGAGCUGUAAGCCGCUCAGAGGCGAUCAUCUCUGAAGUCACAUGGCCCUGCACGACCUCCCCUGCAGAGCCUGUUAGUCUUUUCAUUUUUAGUACCACCCAGCUGCCCGUGUAGCAUUAGCCUAGUUAGCAUGUUAGCAUGUUAGCAGACCUCAGUCGGAGUGGGUGUUACACUUUGAAAUGGGCUCAUGGCAUGAUUUGAUUUUGGUUUUGGGUCAGUUUGCUCUAUUCAUAGCCACGUCACUCUCCCACCUGCACACUCCCCUCUUUCCCAGUCCCUCUGGUUAUGAUAAUUAACUUCCAUAAAUACCCCCCUCAUGAAAAACUGUUCCCGCUUUGGGUCUGCAGAGAAAGAGAAGGUUGGGUUUUGGGUUAAUGAUCUAAUGGCGCCACUUUAUCUGACGGUGGUUUCAUUGUGACCCACUGAGGAGCAGAUAAUGUGUUGGCCCAGUUAAGAGCCUGUCCAUCAAAGGCCUGUCCGAGUUUGUGGACUUUUUACCUUCUCAAUGACGGUCUAGAGGUUUUCGUCUGACGCAGAUGUUUCUUCAGCGGUUGAUUUUUUGACUUAUGUCACAUUUGAUUAUCGCUGAAUGAUGCGAAAGCGAAGUCGUCCUGCUCUGUUUCUUUCAGGUUUGGGAACCAGACGAGAAACUUCCGCCUCUACCAUGACGGUAAACAUUUUGUGGGGGAGAAGAGGUUCGAGUCCAUCCACGACCUGGUCACAGACGGCCUCAUCACACUCUACAUUGAGACAAAGGUGCAUGUGACCUCCUGUUGCGUACUUUUUUCCUCUAAAAAAGCCAAAUUUUACAUUCAUACCAAGAUGUGGAAGUCUUUUCUUCACGAUCAGGCUUAUUUCAACACACUAACUCUCAUUGUCUUUAUUUUGCAUCAGGCGGCAGAGUACAUAGCAAAGAUGACCAUAAACCCCAUCUAUGAACACGUGGGCUACACCACCCUGAACCAAGAGCCCACUCUGAAAAAGCACCUGCCGCUCAGCCCAGAGGCCCCAGACGGACCCGCUCCAGCCAAAGACGACAGGAACUCUGAGGAGAGGGUAAGAAGCAGAGCCAGUUUGGCAGCUUACCUGCUGUUCGAAGUUGUGUGACUUGAAUAUCUUCUAAAAAUCUGACAUGAUUUCUUUCCUCUUGUGUUUGUACUCGAGGCUUUUUGCGUCUAAUCAAAAUCUUCAAAACUCACCAUGCUCUGUUUGGAAACACGAGUCUCUGUGCAGAAAACUCAUCCAAAAUCAUCCUCCAAAUGAACAUAUGUUUUUGGCAAACCAACCUGAAGGCUAAGGGAUCUUUUGGGAGAAGUUCUGAAUAAGAAAUGGAGUAGUGUUGGCACAGAGGAUCGGCUACAGACCAACAAAUGUUUCCCUGAGGAGACCAGACUGAAAUGAGCCCUUAAAAUGAGCAAUUUUGAGACAAAUAAGAGAAAAGAAAAAAAGAUGGAAGAAACUGAUUGUUUUUCUUCAUGGAUAUCUCAUCUUUUGGUUGUUUUCCAGUGUGAAAUAUAUGCAGGAAGCCAGGAGACAGAGGUCCAAAAUGUUAAAAAGAUCUUACGCUGUCAGUCUUUACGCUGAAGUGUGGAAAACGAAGCAGAGAAGGCAUCUCUGUCUCUCAGCAGACUGUUCAGAAUCUACUGACAAGCUUUAAACAAUGACUAACACCUGUUAUGAGCUAAAACUGUGAGAUUUUCGAUCUGAAAUGUUGGAGUAAACUCCGCAGAGAGGGGAAUUAAGGCUAAAGGUGAGGAAAGUUGCUGUAUGCACUGUGCUAGGAUGGAGGGAUGAGAGUUGGUUAAAGAACAGAAAAAGGAGAAGAAGGAGGAGGAGGAGGAGGAUGGAUGCAGAGGAGAGAUGGCCUCCAGCCAAGGGCUCUGCAGUAAAAUUACAUAACAGCAGCUUGCCUGCGGAAAACUCCUAUCUCCAAAAGCGGUCCUGUUAGUAUGCAGGAGCCGAGUUUGUGGCCGUCUAAUUAGUUUGCAUUCAUCUCUGGGAUGAUUAACGCUUCCUGUGAGUUCUCACUUACAACGUUGUUUCCUAUUGGUGGAAGUUCAGAUUCGCAGAUGUAAAGUUGCUGCGGCUGCUAAUCACUAGGACUUUUAAGUUCCAGCUCUGCAGCUGUGCACAUGUGCAGGUGGGUGCAGAAUCAUGAUCUAAUCAUGCAACUGCUGCAAAGCCCUCAGACAUGCAUCUACAAACACACACACACACACACACACACACAGACACACACAAAGAGACAUGUUUGUAAUGCACAGGCAGUUGUUUCUUCAAACACACCAACAGUCUCAAAACAAAGUGCAAUGUAUUUAUGUGCAACACCAGCACUGAACCUCGGGAGGCCUUGUAUGACCUGCAGUGCAUGACCGCCGGUGCUGCACCUCAUACAUCACUGUCGACGCUGCAUGUGUGCGGGUGUGAGUCUGUGUGAAAUGGGGGUGGCCCCGGGUACGUGUGUGCUUUCAUAAUUGGCUGGAUUUGCAGACAAAGCAGUAAGGCUCGCGGUGACAUUGAGACCAGAGGUGGCUCUCUGUAGGGGAGACAAACGCACACAAAACCAGAAAUGCAUAUUUCAUUCGCCCAUCCAGCUUUGUAGCGUUUAUCAGGGGUUAAAGGCGGUUUAACGGCCCCCGUGGGAGCGAUAAAUACUCGGCUCAGGUGAUGAGUUUUUAAAUUUUAAUUUUGAGGGCCUCGUGUUUGAGAAUAGAUCCACAGAAAUAGAUGUGGAGCCUUGAUUUGGGGAGAAUGGAGAAAACAUGAUACACACAUAUGCUUAAAAGAGUAAACAAACCAAAUCCCAUUCAUAAAAACAGCAAAUUUAGAUUUAAAGUGCAUUCAAGGCUUUACCAUGUUUUCUUUUCUUUCCCAAAUUAUACUCUGAAAUUUUUUUCUAUCCUGUGUUUGUUUUGGUCCAGGUAGACCUUUAUAUAAUUGACUGUAGAACUAAUGUUUCUGCUCAGAAUUCUGCCAAAUUUAAAAUCCUUUAAACAAUUCUUGUCCCUUCUUUACAAGAAUAAAUAUCUUUUAUAUGAUGGUGAAAAUUCAGAGUCCAUCAGACAUAACUGCGGCUAGCAAGGUUGUUGGUAAGCCACCCAGGAGAAAGCUAGCCAAACUACACCUUUCAUUUGCGAAAAAAUGUCAAAUUGGCCAGAAGCUAGGCCUGGACGAUAUAGAAAAAAAGCAUAUCGAUAAAAAAUAAAUCAUAUUGAUCGAUAUCGAUAAUUAUCGAUAUAAUUAUUAUAAUUAUUUAACAUAUAUUUUAAUUGCAGCCCUGGAUGUUUUAUGCUAUUGCUUAAUGACCUACUUUUAAUAAAGAACACACAAGCACUGAAUUCAAAUUCAAACCUUUAUUCAACCACCUUUUUUUUUUUUACCACAACUGAAAGUUUUUUUUAAAAAGAACUUAAAAAAAAAAAUAAAUCAACUUAAGUGGCCUGAGUGACGUCAGUAAAUACUGACAAACAUAAAGACUAAAGUGACCAGAAAAUCUGAUAAAUAAAUAUUUAAAUAGUCUUUUGAUGAAAAUAAACAAAACAAACAAAUAUAUAAAUAAACAGAAUAGCUUUAGGUGGGAAUAGCAUACUACCAGUUUUAACUGUGUGGGAAACUGCCCACAGCCUGGUGUCUGAACACUGAAAUAUUUCUCCUGGGGUCGGGAGAUUUAUUUUUUUUAAUUAUCAUGUGAUUGACUUAUUAAACAAACUAAGCACGAGAAGCAGGACUUAUCCACGCCGGUGUUGUGUCGUAGAAUGCACCCCUGCCGAAUGCCCCCCCUGCUAGUAGCCAUGAUCCAAAUACUCGCGUCUUCGUAAAAUAUGAGCUCAUUUUCUUCCACUUUAAGAAGCUACACCGGAGCGUAUUUCCUCCGCACCCUUCUCACCUUUUCAACCCCUGACCCAUUUUCAUGCCUGAAGCGCUGUGUUUGAGAAAUACUUGCGGCCGGGCACUUCAUAUCGCGGGUCGAGAGUGGCUAGAAGCUGGUCGAAGCCAGGCUUUUCAACGGUAGUUAUUGGCAGUAUGUCCCUCGCUAUGGAGCAUGUUACUGCAUGGGUGAUGUCCUUAUGCCGCUUGGACGCUUUGUCGUAUUUUGGCAAGAAACGAAGUCCAGUUUGGUCUGCUUCACUUGCUUUGUGCUGGUGCUGGCAGCGGUUCCAGAGGAUUCCUCCGACGACGACGUGGAGCCGCGGCGCGGCCGACACAGCUCGUACUCCUGCGGGUGCGACCGGUUUAGAUGGUAAAACAAGUUGGUUGUGUUACCGGACUUGGUUUUCACUAAUUCUCUGCAAAUUUUGCAAACGACCGCUGUUUGCUUUUUGUCAGACUUCUAAAAACCAAAACAUUGCCAUGUUGGUGAACUACUGAAACCUUUUUUCGGGACAAUUUCCUCCGCUUCUCCUUGCCGUUACAUUAUUUCUAAUACACGUGCUGUCUGUUGUGGUUUGAUAGGGGCUGGGCUUGGUGCCGUAGCGUACCUGGGUCUGCGUUUGUGAUUGGUUGGGAGGAAGUAAUGACUGUAGUAAAAGCUACAUGAUAGGCUAUGAUGAAAAAGAAAGGGAAACUGUGUUUUUCUAUCGAACUUUUUAUCGACCCGUUUUUUUUCUAUCGCUCCACACGUCUAUCGAUCGAUAUAUAUUGUUAUCGAAUUAUCGUCCAGCACUACCAGAAGCUUUAUCUAUGUUUGUGUCGCUGGUUGUUGUUAUAUCCCCUUCAAAAUUAAAAGCCCAAGCCUGCUAUUAGUCUGCCUCAUACACACAUUAUCUGUAAGAGUUUAAGGGCAGGAGGAUUAAUCCACUGCUGCUGAUAAAUGGGCUAAUUUUGUUGUGCAUGUGGGCUUUUAAUUUGAAGGGCCAUACUGGGACGAACAACAAUGCAAACCCAGCCAACGCUUUUUGAAAAUAUCAGAGAAAUGUGUGAAAAAAUUGAAGGAAAAAGAUUUUUGUUCAAACAAAGAUGUAAAAGCGAGAUUGAAUGAAUGAUAAAACUGCAUUUUUAGCAGUUCAUUCUUUCCCUCCCUCUCUCUUUUCCCCUCCUCUCCUGGGACAGUCGAGGUGGCAGAAUUGUUGUCGAAACAACAAGAAGCCGCAGCUUCUGAUUGGCUGGCUCUCCUCUCAAUGUGACCUGUUAAAUUCAUCCAUUACGGCACCGUGGCUCCCCCCUCUUCUCCUCCUCCUCUUCUUCUCUCUCUCUCUCCGUCUCUCCCCGCCUCUGUCACCUCCCUCCUCUGCUGCCAAACGAGUGGAGGCAAAGCGGAUUAACGCACACACACACACACACACACUCACACACACGCUGAGCCAUGUGGGCUGAAGCGCUCACCUACAUGAGUCUGGGAGACGGGGAUGCACAUUCCGCCGCAUCAGUCCAUUUCGGAGGAUUUCGGGGACACUUUCAGAGAAUUUCAGACACAUUUGAGUGAAGUUUUUCCACUUCUUUUGAAAUUGUGUCUCCUGAGGGCAGGUUUUUAUUGGCCGGGCAGCUUUUGUUUUUCUUUUUUGUUAUGAUCUGGGAUUGCAACAUGCAGCCGCAUCAGAAUGCAGAGCUAAUCUGAUUGGCUGAUCUUUGUGGGGCUAAAACAGCAGGAUUGGUCGUGUGUUUGCUCCUUUAUUUGGGAUGUUGUUGACGAAAGGAUCUUGAAUUUAUUUGAGUCCAGAUUUUACUAUCUCCUUUUUCUUUUUCUUUUUUUUUUUGCAGUUUUUUUCAGAGAUUAUCCUUUUUCUCAGGCUUCAUUUUCUUUUCAAAUCCAGGUUUAUGACAGUUUUAUUAAUGAAAUUUUAGUCUCCACGUGAAGGUUUGCUUUUAAAAAUCAAGGGGAGUUCAUUUCAGGCUAAAACUACAGAUCCCACAAUGCCUAGCAGAGAAUCCCACGUGGUUAAAAAAGGUAAAAAGAAGCCUCGUAGGAAAGCCAAGAAGGACGCGGGUCAGAAGGGCUCUUUGUUCACCGCAGCUCUCGGUUUGAAUGUCAGCGCUGCUUCCAUCCCCUCCCUUCCGGACCCGGCAAGGGCGCCGGCGCCCUCCAAACCCACCUCCCCUGCUUCCACCUUCUGGCAACCAAUCAGAUCUUUUGCCCUUUCGCAGCUCACAUCCCUGGUGCGGCGGGCCACCCUGAGGGAGAGCGACUUAGCGCCCAAGUACGAGAAGGUCCACAACUUCAAGGUGAGCGGCUCCCCUCUUCCCUUUUCCUUCUACGGUUUCUGUUUAUGUGUGCACGCUCCGUGAUGCUGGGAAACGCUGAUUCAGCUCACAGGGUCUUAUUCAAAUUCACACACACACACACAUACACACAGAAGAGAUGGGUUUCUGCAUUUGCAUUUCACACAGAUUACAGAUUCUAUUUGGGGCUUCACACUCACAGAUUUCCAUAGUACAUGUAGCCAUUAGUGAGGAGCACAGAGGUCAGAGCCACAGAGCACUGAGCUGACGGGGAAUCUGGAUGAGCACACCACACACGAAGUCAAACACACACACACACAAAGAGAGCUCCUCAGAGGGAUUGAGGUUAUUAGGAUUUCAUUAUAUAUUCUAGAGCCAAUUUAUGAAAUAAAUGAGCAGAUAAAAACUCAAUAAAUGCCUUUUCAGUCCCUUCAUUGUGGCUCCAUUGUGCUUCUGCCCGUGCCUGUUAUUGUACCGUGAGGAUUAGUGCUGUACUGGGAUUGUCUCACCUUCAUCUCAGUGUAGACCUGUGCACAUAUGUACAUUUUUUUAAAGCUAUUUAAUGUAUUUUUGAACUUUGACAUAAGCUGUUAAUUAAAAAACAUGGUUUGAAUAUAAUUUGUUCUCUCUAACCAGGUUCAUACGUUCAGGGGCCCCCACUGGUGUGAGUACUGUGCCAACUUUAUGUGGGGUCUCAUCGCUCAGGGAGUCAAAUGUGCAGGUAACAAAAACACACAAACUGUAUUAAAAUGUUGAACCUAAUGUUUAUAUUCCCUUAAGCUCUCUAUCAGUUAAAGCACUUGAUUAGUUAGAAUAUGAAUUAUGCCUUUUUUCCUUCAUCACCUCACUUUCUUUCAUUGCUGUACGGUGGCCCUAAAGGUCCACUAAAGACAGAUUUCACUACAGCAAAGAAAAAUUUCAGUGAAAGCUACCAGUAUCUCACUUAAUGCAAAAAAUAUUAAAUAAAAUUAAAUGAAAUCCAAGAAAACAAAAUUCGAAGGGAUUUUUGUUUUUGAUCAAAAACAUUAAAAAAAGUGAUGAGUUGAAAAAUUUUUUUUGACUAAAUGGAGUGAAAAUGGAGUGAAAAUGGAAUGUAACAAAACCUAAAAAAUUAAAUGACAGUAAAAAGAAACAAAAAAUAAUUAGAAUAAAGCAAAAAACAAUUCAACAAAUGUAAAAUGAAAAUUAUGAAAUGGAAAGAGAAAAAAAAGAUUUAAAAAAAACAUAAGUAAAAAAAUGAAUUGAAACACAAUAACAAAAAAAAUAAAAGCUAGUUUCUAAAUGUAAAAGUUACCAAAAAAAUAAUUAAGACAACAAAUUCUUAGAUGCCACAACCGUUUCUCAAACUGUUGAAAAUAUGAAAUGAGAAAGAAAAUAAUAAACGUAAUAAAUUAAUUUUUAAGAUUGUUUUCAUGUUUUUUGAGAUAUUUUUUGAUACAAACUUGUGUUUCAUGAGAUGAUUUGUGGGUUCAUAUAAGACAGCAGUCACUUGGCACCCACUUCACAACACCUUGAUGGACCAAAGGGCCAAUGGUGGUGGACGGCUCCUCCUCUCUUUACUGCAGGACAAAAAGAUUCAGAAGAUCUUUUGUACCAACAGCCAUCGGACUGUAUAACUCUUGUUAUAGUGUACUUGAUCAGCAUGAAGUAUAUGUGCUAGUCCCUCCUAGGUAUCAUCUCUGUGUGGGAAACACUGACAAAUACGUACAGGUCACUUUUGUCAAACUUGAAUAAAAAGUACAAAUUCAUCCAUAAAAGAGUAGGAGCUGCUGUUUUUCCUCCUCCUCCUGUUUUGUCCUGCGUGUCUCACCUCCUCUGUAUGAAUCCGUGACUCAAAACUAAAACUUCAGGCUCAAACUUAGUCACUCUUGCUGUUGAGUCAUCUUUGCAGGUUUUAAAUGUUAAGAGAUUCACUUUGGUGCCAGAGAACACUCUGUCAGUGUGAGAACUGCUGUGUUUGUACAGGAUGAAGAAGGCCUCUCUAACACCUCCGAUUUGAUCCAACUUUUACCCAACAGAUGUGCUAUUUUGCUUCGAGUGUUUGGUCUCAGAAAACAAAAUUGUGCUAUUUUGAUGUGAAGUUCCAGUUUGCAUGCACACAGCAGCCAUUUUCAGCCUGAGAGUGGGUGCAAAGUUUGAGAUUCAAGAUGCAAUUUGCAAACUCCUGAAGCAUACUUAAAAUUCACUCUGACAAAUCAUCUUUUUUUCUGCUUCCAGAUUGCGGUUUGAAUGUGCACAAGCAGUGCUCCAAAGUGGUGCCCAACGACUGCCAGCCGGAUCUGCGACACGUCAAGAAGGUGUACAGCUGCGACCUAACCACGCUGGUCAAAGCCCACAACACCAAAAGGCCCAUGGUGGUCGACAUGUGCAUCCAGGAGAUCGAGGCGAGAGGUGAGAAAAAGCCAGAAGCAGCGUGGGUAUGAGUGUGUUCAUAUGAGUCAGUGGUUAUAUAACAUCGCUGAAAAAAAAAAACAGCACCCACGAAGCAGGAGUCUUGCGAGCAGGAUGUGCGUUGGUGGGACCUAACCUGAAUGGAUGUGCGUAGAGAGCCACGAUUCCUCUCCUUUGGGAUGUGAGGCGUCACAGGGGAGCUGCCACAGACAGAGUUUUAUCGACUGAGAUUCAGGAGCAGAGUGAAAAUAAGCGUCGGAUCAAUAAAGACUCCCGACUUGAAGUGAUCGAACUUGACAGAAGCAGGAGAACAAUCCAGCCCCACCCCCCUUAUUCUCUCCACUAGACCCCCUUUUUUCCUCUAAUCAAUCUUUAUUGCACCCUCCCCCUCUCCUCUCCUCCGUCUUUAACUCCUAUUUGUGUAGCUCCUUCUGUUUAAUUUAUUAGAUCAACAGCAAAAAAAAGCCAUUUCAACAGCCACAUUAUUGUAUAACACAUAAAUUGUGCUUUAAUGAGCCAAUUUGAGCAGUCGAUAAAUCAGUUUAACUCCAAUAUCUGAGCAAAUAACAGUUCAUGUGCAGAUUGUUUUCUCAAUUGUCUGAUAUGUUGGGAUAGGACUAACGUGCAGUAACACUAUAAAAACAGACUUCGGCUUUUUAUACACUCUAAAGUAUUUAAUUAUUUAUCCUAGAGAACAAAGAAAACCACGAAAUUGAAAAAAAAGAUUCAAUUUUCAAUUUAUUUUGACGAUUUGUUUAACAAGAUGACAUCUUGUGUGUUCACUGACAAAAAGAAACUAAUGUCAUGCUUUCUGUUCUUGUCUCAUCUCAGGUCUUCAGUCUGAAGGUUUGUACAGAAUAUCAGGCUUCAGUGAGCUGAUUGAAGACGUCAAGUUGGCAUUUGACAGAGGUGAGCCUUUCUCCUGAAAGAAAUACCAACUAACUCACUUGAAAACAACACUUUUGAUUUAAUUUGUCAUUUAUAGAACUAACAUCAAAUUUAUUUUUUGUUCCUUUUCUCGUAUAUGUUUCCACUGACUCCCCUCUAUAGAUGGAGAGAAGGCAGAUAUCUCCUCAAACGCGUACGAGGACAUCAACAUCAUAACCGGAGCCCUAAAGCUCUACUUCAGAGAGCUUCCUAUCCCUCUCAUCACAUAUGAUGCGCACCCACGCUUUAUAGAAGCAGGAAGUAGGUCCUCAUCUCGGUUAUUUGUUACAUAAGAAGCAGAAAUGAAACUUUGAAGUCAGUGCUUAAAAAAAGGAGCUUUGCGUCCUAAAUAGGCUCUGAAUAUGAUGACAUGAUAGUUUGUUCUGUAUUUUAAACACUGAUCUGUGUGUGUGUUUGUGUGUUCAUCAGAGGUAUCAGACCCUGAGAAACGUCUAGAGGCUCUACAUGAAGCCUUAAGGCUGCUGCCGCCAGCUCACUUCGAGACUCUGCGAUACCUCAUGGCUCACCUCAAGAGGUCUGAACCUUUUACCUUUAUCUGUGUUCGUCAAAUCUAGAUUCAUUUCUUCAGGUUUGUGCUCAUGAGGCUCUUUCUUCUACACAGAGUGACCCAGUGCGACAAGGAGAACCUCAUGACGAGCGAGAACCUUGGCAUCGUCUUCGGCCCGACGCUGAUGAGGGCCCCCGAGCUGGACGCCAUGACGGCGCUUAACGACAUCCGCUACCAGAGACUAGUGGUGGAAACGCUCAUCACCAACGAGGAUGUGUUGUUCUGAGGGGAGAUUCGCUGUGGCCUCCGGAAAUAAAACUGAAUGAAGGUGACUUUUGCUAGUAAAUGAAGGAGAAACUCGGACGUGGUUUCGUGGAAGGACAAUGAAGGAAGCGACGACUUGCAUUGAAGAAACUCGUUGGAGACAUCCGCCUGAUAAUGCAGUUUUUCAUGACUGGAAAACUGCAUUAUCCAUGUUGGUGUCUCUUUCUCAAAAGGAUGCCUUGACAGUUAUUUUCACUCUCUCUGCUCAGCUACCUUCAAAACAUUUUGGGUUAUCAUUUAGGAAAGAAAUCUGCUAAUCAUGAGCUAAUGAGCAAGUGUGAAAGGUUUCAGUGAAAAAUGCUGCUUUCAACUCAACGUUUCCUUCAACUUUUAGAUGUAAGAGAUUAUUUUCUUCGGCUUUUUGUUCUGUAGCAUCAAGGUGUCCUUUUAGUCCUCCUCAAAAGAAGAAGAAGAAGUAGCACUAACCUCCACAGCCGUAGACAGCUGGAUGAAUGAAUGAACGAAUGGACACAGUGGAUCACAUGACAGUCGUGCACACUCAUUCCUCUGAAUGGAACUUAAGUGACUUGGACCUAUUGUGUUUUCAUUCCUCUUGGAAGAACUCUUUACUUCACAGCUCCCUCUGCUGUUCCAAUAGGGACCUCGCAUUUAUCAGCAUAUCAGGAAACAAGCUGACUGAAUAAGAGAGUUAGAUAGACAUAAUGAAACACAUUGGUUUUUAAAAAUAAUUUCAUGCACCAGCUGAAGUCGUUUUUCAAUCAAUUACCUGGAAAAAAUGGCGCCCUCUCACUUUCACGUUAAGUAGUUAGCUUCUCCGUAAAAUAUAUCCACUUGAUAACAUUCAAUAAUGGAACAGAAGGAGCUGUGAAUUAAAAGUUCAACGUGUUUUUCUUACUGCGUUCUCUCAUUUUUCUGUCUGUCUGCUGUGAAGAUGAAAGUUAAAGAAGAUUUCUGCUGUAAAAACAAGCUUUGACAUUUUGUUGAUCUAGGUUUGAUUUCAUACAUUUAAAGCUCCUGUGAGGCAUUUUGAACUGCUGAUGAAACAGGCUUCUGGCGCCUCUUUGUGACCUAGAAAAGCAUGAGUACAAAAAUUGACUGAUAAUAUUUUGUUGCUUAAUGCUAGAAAAGGCUGUGAGGGGGGUUAAACAAAGCAAGAAAAAAAAUAUUUGAAACAAAAUCAAAAACAGAAAUCAGCAAAGGUAGACGGUUUAUCAUUUUUUCCAAACCAAGAUUUUAAAAAAGUUCAUCACAGGAGCUUUAAUGUUUACCUAUUAAUUCUAACUUGACAGGCUGGGCGGACAUAUAGAGUCAGAUGGUGAAAUGACAAACAAGUUUUCUCAAGUGACUUGAACAUAAAUAUGUGAAAUGGUGCUUGUUUAUUGCUUUUCUGUUUUUAAAAAAAUUGUGCAAAGCAGCGUUACCGGGCAGAUAUUGCGCUAUUCGUAAUCCUAAUUGAACUACGGCUUGCCGGGAUUCAUCUAGUGAUAAUUUCACAACUUUUUCAUGUGUAUUGGCCCAAGGGUGAGAGUUCAGGUGCUUUAGAACGAACACUUUUAUUGGUGUUUAAAAUUUAAUGUCAUUUCUGCUCAAAAAUGAAAACAAAGAGGCUCAAAAAAACAAGAACACACGUAGCUGCUCUGACACCUUAAACAUAUCCAGCCAUUUCAUUCAACUGUGAAUCUGAGUAAUAAUAAUGCUUACACUUGAUCAUAUAAGGCCAGUUUGGGUUCUGUUCUGUAUUUUUUUACUGUUUUUUUCUUCUUUGGACUCUCUUUGGGUAAAUGAAAAUUGCUCUGUUUCUUGCAGAUAUGUGAACAUCAGGUCCUGGCAGAUCAGGCCGUAUUGGGAUAUUUCUGCCAGGUUCUGAUGAUAUGAAAGCAGUAUUAAUUGUGGGACAAUGUUGCCAAUCAUGAGUAAUAUGAAGGAGUGUAUUAGCCAUGACUUUUCCUUUUUUAUCUAGUGCCAUUUAAAAAGGGUGGAGGUUCAAAACCAAUGCCUCACCCUACCUCAGCUUACACACUUACCCCCCUCUAUUUGUUUACUACCCCCAUUUCUGUCGGGGGGUGAUUAUUUGGUCAUGUUUUACUGAGAUAAAGGGGAGUCAUAGGGUUGUAAAAAUCACAUUGGAUGUACCAUAGAAGUAAUAUCAGCUUUUUCUAACAUUUUUAUGUUUUCACGUGUUCUUAUUUUUGCUUUUUUUGUCAACAUUAUGUGUUUUAUUCCUUCCUGUCGAUCUAACAUGUACUAACUACAAUGAGACUAACUUUUAUGAAACCUUUGAGCCUUCAGUGAUCUGUGACACUUCUUUUUUUUUGCAUCAUGAAAUGUCAGGUUUUAUUACUCUUGUCAUUGCUGUACAGCAUUUUCUAUAUGAUUUAUGCAUGGUGAAAUUAAAUUAUUAAACAUGGCUCUCAGUUGGUGCAUGUCUCCAGGCUGAUUAUGAACGGUUGCACAAAAGGACCCUUACUUAUGAGAUCUAUCUACAGUAUAUGGCACAUUAAAUGUAGACUGCAUAUAAAUACGUAACCAUGAUGAUGAAAAUGACACCAAAUCGAAGUAGAAAACGUGCGGAAAGGUCAAGACAGAAUAAGUGCCUGAAAUAGUUAUGGUAUAACUAUAAAUGCAAUUGUCGUCUGACUGUGGGUAUGUGUGGAUAAGGGAGAGUGUAGUUACACAGCUAAUUAUGUUUGACAAAAAUUUCUCAUGUACGACUCAGUUCAAAAAGAUGGUUUUGUUUGACUAGCUGAUUUACCCACUGAAUGGAAAGAUUAUUUUUUUAAAUGAUCAAUUUUAAAGAUAUUUAGACCAAAAGUUCUUCAUAUGUUUCCACAAUAAUUGAGUUAUUAUUCUAAGAAUUGCUUGAUUAGUGGCAAAAUUGAUUAAAGAAAUAAACAUUUUGAGUAAAAUAGACCUAACUGCUGUGAGAGAACUUAAAAUGAUGUAAAAGCCACACAUCGUAUUUCUCACGCAUUUAAAUGAACACGGUGAUGUCCACCAAGUUGCACCUCUUUAACUGUGGAACAGGUAGGAAUCAACUGAGUUUCUCCGAGAGUUCAGAAGCUGCGUGCCACGCGCAAGCCAAUCAAAUAAAGUAUAUCUACUGAACAGCCAAUCAAAAAGCAGCAUUGCUGUAUCCGGGUAGAUUUUGAUAUCUUGCGGUUUGACUACAGAAGAAGACAGACACUCGCCGUAAUAGAGCAGGUUAUUUAUAAGGACGAGAUAGACCCGAUGAUUACAGUAAGUCAGUAACCUACACAUGCAGAGACCUCAACACCUCAUAGCAUAUAAACUCAUAUGAUAAACUAAAGCCCUAUGCUAUUGCUAUUAACAGCUGUAUUGACGGAUUUAGUCUCUGUACAGCCAUUUCCAGCCAUUUUCCCCUCCGCAAAAGCAGCAUUUCUCAUAUAUCUCAAAUAUAAGUUCUGAUACUCAUGACAGUGUAAUGCUCAUGUACCAAAGGAUUAAGGAUCUCCAUGUUUGUGACACCUAUAUAUAUAGAUAUUAAUGACUUUAUUCUCCCAAAUAAUAACUUUAUUCUUUGAGAUUAAAAAGCGUUUUUUUUUCUAAUUGUGCCCCUUAUACUCCGUUGUAUUUAAGAGAUAAUUAUACUUAUAAUUACCCCCCCCCCCCCCCCCAAGGAAAUCUCACUCUAAGCUUAGUUCAAAACUUGAGAGCCCUGCCUAACUACUGUGAGAGAACUUAAAAUGAUGUAAAAGAAAUUAUAAAUUAUGAGGUAAAAUACAUAUUUGAAAUUUUUAGUUAAAAUUUUCACAUGAUUGGGGUACUUCUGUGAUUAAAAAAAUCUAAAUAAUGUAAAUAAAACACAUUUAUAGGUAAGAUGAAGAAAAACAGAUAUUUCUCACUUUCUCGCAAUAAUUGUAAACAUUAUUUAAGGCACAUUUGACUGCGAGAUAACAGAAUUACAUCGGUUUUAAUUAAUUUUUUAAAGUUUUUUUUAAUCAAAUAGCAACCUACAUUGAAAAUAUAUUUAUAUAUUUCACCGCCAUGUUGGAGCGCAAUUGCGCUUUUCAUGUCACGUGAUCGGUAAGCUCCUUCCUCAUUGGUUGCUGUUUAAUCGACGGCUCCGUAGUGUCUGGAGGCGAGCUCGACGAGCUGACGCCGAUAGCGAAGUAAUAACCGUUUUAUACCACACCGCUGUGAAAAGUGACUUUUAAAGUGAGUGGAAUUGACCGGGAUACUUGCAACUCAGGUAAGUCAACUGAAUUAUUCAUUUUAUACGCUGGUGGCUUUAAUUCGGUUUGAAAACGACGCUGUUAAAUCGGCAAGGGUAAGUUUAAGCUAGGUUGAAGGUCGUGCUACUCUUCGCUAGGAGUCCGAACAAGGAUGACAAGGCCGGUGUUAAACGGUUUUGUGUGGUCAUAAUGCAUUUAUUCUUCAUAGCCGAACGUACGUGGUGUCCGAUAGUGCGUUUGUCCGAUAGUGUAUUUAUCUUAAAAGUGCGUAUAUCUGGAAGUAGUUUGCUUGGCUGUGUAGCAUUUCUGGAAAGUUCUAGACAGUGAAUGCGUGAAGUUUUGCGUUAGCGGCGGUGCAGCUAACAAGAGUGUUGAAAGUAUUGAGCACCUGUUUCUUUAUCUGUAAAAGUGUUUUCUACUGAACUUCUAGCAUCACUAUUUAACAUUUAUUUUACUUAUGCACUUUUAAGUCACAGUAUAGUUGUAAUUAUGAAGAAAGAUUGUGAGGUUACUUCUUGUUGAAAUUUAGCAGUGGCGUUAAGACAGUGCUCUGCCUCCACCUGGUGGACGAUGCACAGUACUUCAUCCUCUAUAUUGUAUCCUGCCGUUGAGCCCGGUUAUCUGAUGUAACUCAACAGUGGUGCCCGACGUGGUUUCUGUUUGACUCUUUGUCUUUAAAUCGUGGACAUGAUGUGUUCACUUCUGAGGAUUAACUGCUUUAUGAAAUGUAAUGGCUGGUUCCUUGUGGCUUUUUAAAUGCAACCAGGACUCAUGUGUUUCAGGCCUCGUUGGCGCAGUAGGCAGCGCGUCAGUCUCAUAAUCUGAAGGUCGUGAGUUCGAGCCUCACACGGGGCACAGUUUUUGUGUUGCCCUAUUUUAGGCCUGUAAUGGGCUCAACGUGUCCCGAAUCUUAUUGAACUCACUUUCCCUGCCUUUGUUGUGGAAUCUCAUUUUCUUCAAGAUGCAAAGUAUUAACCAUUUCUCCAAGCCACAGAUCAAAGAUGGGCAUAGAGUACAUCCUCCACACUGUUUGUGUUAAAUUUUAGCAACCACUAUUCCAAACAAAACAGCCUUCUUUUCAUACUUAUCAGUAAACGAUAAGGAGUUUGCAGCUCCAAGGAUGGCCACCAGUUUGACAGGUUUCCAACAUAUUUGAAAGCCCUCAACAAGAAACAAAAGAUUGUUUUGCAGUACAUUGAUAAUUGGCUACAUGUCCAGAACGAGUGCUUUAUAUUGCCUAUUUAAGAUUGAUAUCUAGAGAGGAGAAACAUCAUGUAAAAUGUAAUGUUUUAACUUUGGAGUGUGUAGAUGUCUAGUUUUAUAAAUGAAGCAUAUUUGGUGUUGAAAUAAGCCCGGCUAGCUCAGUCGGUAGAGCAUGAGACUCUUAAUCUCAGGGUCGUGGGUUCGAGCCCCACGUUGGGCGCAAAGCUUUUCCUUCUGGUAGCCUUGAUAUGAAAGAGCUGACACGAACCCUUGGACACCCUUUAGCACUAAAUUUCCUGUUUUUGUAUUGCAUCUGCUGAUAUUUGUGUUGUCAUUAUUGUAAAGAUGUGGAGUCUGAGUUUAUGUGGACUUGGGUAUCCUUGUUAUGAGCCAUAUCCAGGUUCUGAUAAUACCACACAUAAAGCACUGACAUGAACAUUUAAAAAUUGGGUUAGUCAUGAGCCUCUGUGCACCCAAACUCUUAACUCCCAGUUUUAAAUUAUUUUAUCUUGUUUGCACAAUAUAUAUAUCUUUUUUUUUUCUUUGUCUUCACUAGGUCAGAUCUGGUCCAAUCAUCACAACACUGCCAUAAUUUUCGUAAUAUUUAUGUGGUAUUAAUAUCAUAGUAUAACCAGGAUUAGGGUUAGGGUGAGGUCAUUCAGAUCAUGUUAUACCAAAUAUUUCAUAUUUAUAUUACUACAUCGUACAACUUAGAUUAUUAUUAUACCACGUAAAUUACUUUACACUAUUCUUAAUUGUAAAGCUCUACAAAUAAGAUUAUACAAUUCUAAAUAUAAAAAGUGAUUACAUCAGCAUUUAAUUUUUGAAUAAACCCCUCUUUAUCUACCUUGGCUACUGAAAGAAAAAAUGGCCCAUCUGAGCAGACUCUCUCCCUCUGGGUCUGGGAGUUGCUUGAAUGGAAGACAAAUAAUAAGAGGUGAACCCACCAGCCGGCUCCCUCCUCAGGGACGACUUAGGUAGGACCACCUUUAAUCAUAAAAUAAAAAAGACCACAAGAAAUUUAAGGGUUUUGGUAUGGGGAUGGGAGGGUCAUAUAAAUGGAAGAAUUUUAGUAUAUUAAGUAAUUAAUGUUAUUAGUAUUUAAUCAGUUGAAUUAUUUUUACUCACACACACUUUCUAACUAAUUUAUUUUCUCCAUUAUCAUGUAUUGUGCACAGUGCAUCAUAGCAGAAGUCUCAAUUAUGCUUAGACCUUGCAAAACUCAUCUUCCUGGAUCCCCACCCCUCCUAAUCUCCAGGCAAGGAAAAAAAGUACCUGAAAAUCCAAUAUGUUUUAUACUGUGAGCUGCAAGUUUUGGCAGAGUGAUUUAGGAAAAAAAGGUGUUGACACUCCCCGUCGGGGAAUCGAACCCCGGUCUCCCGCGUGACAGGCGGGGAUACUCACCACUAUACUAACGAGGAGAUGGUGAUGCUGCCCCCUACUUCUCUUUAUGGUCGUUACAAUAGCAUAUGAGACCCCCUUUGUUGUUUUUGGACUGUUCUCUUCCAUUUUGUAAAAAUGUUACAACUGCUUCAACUACCUCCCUCUUAGUUCAUCAGCCUGAGUCUGUCACAGAAAUAGCAGUAGGGUGGAGCUUGGAGCUAAGACUUUGCUUUGGGAAGGCAGCUGGCCCAAAUGCUAUGUGUCCAAGGCUGCUUAAGACUGUGCUGUGAAAUGUGUCACAGAACUGUGUCAACAUCCUGUAAUGUAAAUCAUAAAACCUAAUUGUAGCUCACAAGAGCCUAUGAGUCUGAAGGAUAUAUCAAUUGUUUUGUGGUCCAGGGACAAUUCGUGCCUCGGGAGUUGAGGUGUCCGUGUGGAGCACAUUUUGAGCCUCGUUGGCGCAGUAGGCAGCGCGUCAGUCUCAUAAUCUGAAGGUCGUGAGUUCGAGCCUCACACGGGGCAAUGCUUUUGUGUUUGCCUGGGGUUGACUGUGGUGAGAGGACUCACACAGGCAAUGCUUUUGUGUUUGCCUGGGGUUGACUGUGGUGAGAGGACUUCAUGUACAAGUUGGACUCACUACUAUACUAACGAGGAGAUGAUAAUGGUGCCCCCUGCCUCCCUUUAUGGUCGUUACAAUAGCAUAUGAGACCCCCUUUGUUGUUUUUGGACUGUUCUCUUCUAUUUUGUACAAACGUUACAACUGCUUCAACUACCUCCUUCUUAGUUCAUCAGCCCUAGUCUGUCACAGAAAUAGCAGUAGGGUGGAGCUUGGAGCUAAGACUUUGCUUUGGGAAGGCAGCUUGCCCAGAUGCUAUGUGUCCAAGGCUGCUUAAGACUGUGCUGUGAAAUAUGACGCAGAACUGUGUCAACAUCCUGUAAUGUAAAUCAUAAAACCUAAUUGUAGCUCACAAGAGCCUAUGAGUCUGAAGGAUAUAUCAAUUGUUUUGUGGUCCAGGGACAAUUCGUGCCUCGCGACUUGAAGUGUCCGUGUGGAGCACUUUUUGAGCCUCGUUGGCGCAGUAGGCAGCGCGUCAGUCUCAUAAUCUGAAGGUCGUGAGUUCGAGCCUCACACGGGGCAAUGCUUUUGUGGUUGACUGUGGUGAGAGUUGGGCUCUCUGACCCCUUAGGCAGUUGAAACUCAAAUGACAAUGUGAUGAGCAGAAGGCACAAUUUUUAUGUUAAUCAAAGCGAUAUCAAUGAUCAGACCCAGACCCCAAAUAAGCUCACCCCAGUGAGCUCUUCUAUCUCUGGGGCUAAGGUUCAUAAACUCCUCAGUGGCAAGGCCCCAUGGGUGGGUGAGAUCCACCCUGACUUCCUCAAGUCCCUGGAUGUUGUGAAGUUGACGUAACUGAUGGGACUCUGCACCUUGAGCCGAAGAGCAAAGCUCUCGUCAAUCUAUGUUCCUACUCUCACCUAUGGUCACGAGCUGUGGGUUAUGACUGAAAGAACAAGAUUGCGAGUGCAGGCAGCAGAAAUGACUUUUCUCUUCAUGGUGGCUGGGCUCACCCUAAAGUGGUUGAAAAGCUCAGUCAUUCAGGAGGGGCUCAAAGUAGAGCUGGUGUUCCCCUGCAUUGAGAGGAGUCAGAUGAGGUGGUCAGGGCACCUAAUCAGGAUGCCUUUUGGACGCAGCGACUCAGUGAGGCACCCAAACCCUGUUUUUCAAGCAUUGGUGGUUCAGUGGUAGAAUUCUCGCCUGCCACGCGGGAGGCCCGGGUUCGAUUCCCGGCCAAUGCAACAGUUUUCUUUGGAGUUGUUCCUGAGUAAACAAUCCAGAAAAUAUGAAAUCUUCAUUAUAUAUCUUGUUAUACAGUUUAUGGUUUCAAACCAUGUCAAGUGAGCCAACUAUGUGCUGAACCUAUGUGCUUGUGAGAUAAAGGAAACAUUGAGAAGGUUGGAUGUGGCAUUGUCGUAGCCAUCCUAGCAUGAUGAUAUAUGAUCCUGUCAAUGUCCACAACACAAACAACAGGUCAGGAAGGUUAUCUUCUAUACAUGGAAAAGAAGUACCACAAAAUCUUUAAGUAUGUUUCAUACUGUGAGCUGCGACUAUUUACAAAGAAAAAAGUGUUGCUACUCCCCGUCGGGGAAUCGAACCCCGGUCUCCCGCGUGACAGGCGGGGAUACUCACCACUAUACUAACGAGGAGAUGAUGACAUGGUUUCCUGCUUCCCUCUAAAAAAAUUUUCAAUGGCACAUGUGACCCUCUGUGUUGGUUUUCAACUGUAAAGUGGCAUAAACCCUGAAAAAAAUUGUCAUAGUAGGACAAAGAGGUGGCCCUCUUGGGGUCAGUGUAUGCAGUGUAUUGUGGGCUGCACUAAGAACAGUGUUCUUUUUCAGCGUGGAAAUACGAAGAAUUUAAAUAAGCAUCUGGCCAUGGUCAACAUCUCCCAAACGUUACCUUGUUCACGAGCUGUGGGUUGUGACUGAAAGAACAAGAUUGCGAGUGCAGGCAGCAGAAAUGACUUUUCUCUUCCUGGUGGCUGGGCUCACCCUAAAGUGGGUGAGAAGCUCAGUCAUUCAGGAGGGGCUCAAAGUAGAGCUGGUGUUCCCCUGCAUUGAGAGGAGUCAGAUGAGGUGGUCAGGGCACCUAAUCAGGAUGCCUUUUGGACGCAGCGACUCAGUGAGGCACCCAAACCCUGUUUUUCAAGCAUUGGUGGUUCAGUGGUAGAAUUCUCGCCUGCCACGCGGGAGGCCCGGGUUCGAUUCCCGGCCAAUGCAACAGUUUUCUUUGGAGUUGUACCCCAGUAAACAGUCCACAGAAUGUGAAAUCCUUACUGUCUAACCUUGAACUCCCAAUAAGCUUCUUGGUGACAGGCCCAGGGGUGGAUGAAAUACGCGGGGUUUGGGCCAUACGACAAGACGUGAGUGCCAGUGACCCAUUGAGCCUGGUGGAAAUGGUACCCCUCUUGCUGUGAUGUGCCUCUGACAGGGAUCCAGAUAGGGACUUUGGCACCUUCAUCAGGUACGUGAUGGCUCUGCUCACCUGUCCACCCAGUGGUAGCCUGCCUUUUCCACUCCGGCGUCGCUGUACCUCUUCGCCAUCCCCUCGUACAUCGGCUCCAGGGACCUCUCACUUUCAGACUGAACCAUCACCCAGGAGACAAUGAGCCAGUGUUCGUUCAUCACGGCAUAACUGGACAUGACUCCUGAGGCUAAGGUCACCUUCCAUGCCACUCUUCUGGUGUGGUCAGACCUGAAAACAUGCCCAAAUGUUCCCUGAAGAUGCCUGGACAUUGCUGGCUCCUGGCGUUUGAACUCCUCCAGCAGGCAGUCAGUUGGGUAGAACCCGGACACAGAGACUCCAUCCCAGCCAUCUUGCUUGUCGUAUGGCCCAAAAGCGCGUGGCUGGUUGUCCUUCCUCAGGAACUGUCCAAUGGUUCUCUGACCGUGCACUCCAGCCUCAGCAACUCUCAGACUCCCGAUGGCUUGGAGGUAUGCCAGGUGAGCUCGCUCAUACUUGAGGUGCGUGAGCUCAUUCACCUGGUUGGCCAUGUCUGUUGGUGACUUCCCGGUGCGUCUCAGCUCAUCCAUGACAGACUUACAGAUGGCUUUCUUGUAAGUCAGGAAUGCAGGCAGAAGGUUGGGGAAGCGCCUGGGAAGUUUCUCAAGCCAUCGUGGACUGUCGGCAAACCAGGUCUUUCGACAGGCCUUGCAGCAGAGUCGAGAGGAGAAGAUGAAAUAUUGCCCGCUGGUGCCAACAAUAACUCGAGGCCUGCCCACUCCUGCAGAGACCACCUGAGGAUGAGGACAGCCGUGGAGACAGGGCAGGAUAUAAUUGUUCCUCAGCCUGACCAUGAUGUCACUCUCAGGUUUCCAGAUAAAAAAUGGGUGGAGCUGAAAGAAGUUGGGGGACGGGAGCUCAGCCACCAAUCAGGUUGUGGAGGAAGACGCCACAACGAAACUGCGUUCCCUGGGUUACGAACUGGGUUACUUCUAGUAUAUAGAAUAUACAAUAUAUGUUUUUGUUAGUAGGAAAUUAAUCAGUCAAGCUUACAUCUCCUGCUUCUCAAAAUUUGUGUUGUUAAAUUGUUAUAGACUCACCAAACAAACUUAAAGUACUAAUCUCGACUCUCUAGUCUAAGCAGGAGCAUUAUGACUUAAUUAACACGCAUGCAUUUAAGUGCUAGUGCAUAUAUUUCUCUUUUAAUACAACAUGCAUAGAAAAGAAAUUGCUUACUUACCCUCACGGCAUUUGCCAUCGAUUCAUCAUGGCACUGAUCAAUUCAUAGUCCUUAGGACAGAUAUUAUAACACCAGCUAACAGUAUUAUUGAAGGAACACGGCCAGAACAUGGCCAGAACACAAAGAAAUAGUUAAAGUUGAGGUUCAGUUUUGAGAGACAAGUCAUCAUGAAUAUGAACUGUACUCCUGAAACCCGUUGUUUAAAAACCUGUCUUUGCUCCUGAGGACACUCCUGGUAUGGCAGCUGCUGACGCAACAACUGGUUAUAAACAGAAAAUGGGAAAUACCAGAUGUCAGAUACAACACAGUUUGCCACCUUCAGUUUUGACAAUCAGUCAAUGAAAUAAAAGCGCACUUGCAGGUCUGCACGUGUGGUUUGGAGGAUUUCAUGCUCAUCAUGGCGCUCUCCAGCUGUUCAUCCUCAUCCAUCGCUGUGGUCCAAACAAAUAUUACAGGGUACAAAAAAGAAUAAGUUCACCCAAAUUAGGAUAGGUUUAAAGUAUUAGUCACAUGUCAUCAGAUAUGGCAAAUAACAAUAUAUAAUAACUAAUUUACCCAUGGGUUUGGAGACACUUGAGGGAUGUUCCUCAGGUGGGGAAGCUGAGGCUGAUCGCUGCCUCUUCUGCAGGUACUGCUGCAGCUUGAACAUGCGUGUACCUGGGACGCAGACCUUCCCCAAAAUGAAGGUGGCAUAGCCAUCAGCUCUGCUGUCCCAAAUCUCCUUCCAGGUACUUUUCGCACGAGUGCCAAAGCCAACCAGCUGGUCAUCUUCUGAUGAAGCCGCCAUAACACCCACUCCACUUGCUUCAUAGGUGCAGAGAGACUGGAUCUCAGCAAAACCAAGGGCAUAAUUGACAAAGGACUGCAGGCUGUCCUUGGCAUGUCCAGCAGUCACGGUGACGCCUGAUGCCUCCUCCUUCUCCAGGUUUUUAAUGAGGUACAUAGUGUAUCCAAUGUCGUUCUCCAGAAGCCACCGGAAAGAUUUUCCUUUGUACUUGCCAAACUGUAAGAUGUAGUCCCCCAGCACCUCUGCACGAUCUGAGGCGUCCCCUCCUCUCUGAAGGACCACAGCCAGGGCAUUCUGGUGUACAAGGUCUGCCCGUGUGGGUAUAGACUUGUCUUGCAGAGUGGCGUCCUCCUUAAUUCUCCUGGCUUUCUUUGACGGCUCCUGGAGGAGAAAUCCAAGUGGUCCCUUGCGGAACACAACGCAGAUUUUCCCCGGGAAGAAAGUCAUUUUCUUCUGCAUCUUUCUGUAAUAUGAGAAAAAAAAGAAGUUCAAGGUUUAUUUUAAUCAGAUACAUUAAGAAAAUAUUUGUGAAAUAAAUUUCACAAAUUUCAUAAGAAUAUUUCAGAUCACGUUAUCAUCCCGCUUAAAUAGAAUCGGCCAAUUUAAUAUCUAACAACUGUAAAACUUCUAUGAUCUUCAGUGUUACGACUGUGUGUUUGUUUUGCGUGUGUUUUUCCCCUUUUGUCUCGCCAUAGCUGCCCAGGGGGAAUUACUUGAGUGCCAAUCAGACUCACCUGGCGCUGAGAGUCUGAAAGCCCAGAGCUGCCUGCAGCCUGGCAUUUGGUGGGGAACUGCUGCCCU